CCCCAGUGCAUUGUGGGCGCAGUCCGUUGUUCAUUUGCCUUUCGACCUCAGCGAGGGCCGUGCAGGGGGAGAGAUGUGUCCCUAGGCGCCGUCUGUUUCCUACACGCACACCGAACGGAGAGAAGCGAUUCCUGGAUACGGAGGGAGCUGGGGUUGCCCAGUAGCCGCUCGGUGACCGGAGGGGGGGGGGAUUGGUGCACUUCCCAGAAGCCCCCGCGCGGCGGUGCAGGCGCAACACAGACACCAGACGGGCGGCACGAGGCGGGACGCGUGGUGGCCCCCGGCAGGGUGAGGGAAGCCGUUAAACAUGGCGGAGAUGAACCGCAGGACUUUGGCCUUCCGGGGAGGCGGCCUGUCCACAGCGGGGACCCCCGCGAACAAUAACAACAACAAUGGCGUCGGCUCAGGGGUCUCGUCUGUGGAGGAAGCCGCGGCCUGGUCCAUGCGGCAGAUGAACGGAGGGGGAGCCGGCGGGGAAGAAGAGGUAGAAGUGGAGCUGGAGGCGGAGGGCCUGCUGGAGGAUGACGAGGAGGAGAAUGAGGCCUACCCCGGAGUGGUGCUCGGAAACCGACUGGAGCAGCGAGGAGCCGACACGGACGCCACUAAUACGGCUGCGGGGCAGGGCGCCUCGGUGAGUGGGGAAAGCAGCGACGAUGAGGAGGAGGAAGAAGAAGAGGACGACGAUGAGGAGGAGGAAGAGACCGUGGGCGGCGGGGAACAGGUAGACAAGGGGGAGCCGGGAGAGGAGGAGGAAGAGGACUGCGCUAUUCAGGGUGAUGGAACCCGGCGCUUUGGAAUUUUCCCGGCUGCCCGUUCCCAGUCCCUGCUGCCCAGUCUCCACUGCUCCUUCCAGGCCUCUUGGCUGCACGAGUUCCCAUGGCUGCAUUUCUGCCAGGAGAGCGGCCUCAUGUCCUGCGCCUGGUGCCACAGGGAGGCGGGAGAGAGUCCCGGCCAUGACGAGCUGACCAAGGGCACUCGCCACUACAAGAGGGCCGCGCUGCUCCGCCACAGCCUCACCGCCCGGCAUCGGAACAACGACCCAGAUGCUCAGGAGCCUGAAGUAAAGGAGGAAGCGCCCCAGUCGCUCAGUGACUACAGUACUAAGCCAAAUGAGAACUCCUACUGUUAUCAACUGCUGCAAGAAUUAAAUGAUCAGAGAAAGAAAGGGAUUUUUUGUGAUGUCAAUAUAGUGGUGAAUGGCAAAGUUUUCAGAGCUCAUAAGAAUAUCUUGGUUGCAGGCAGCCGCUUUUUUAAAACCUUAUACUGUUUUACAAACAAAGAGAGCCGUGACCAAACCACUGUUACUUAUUUAGACGUUGUUGCUGUUCAUGGCUUUUCAGUCCUUUUAGACUUUAUGUACUCUGGCAAUCUUGUGCUCACUAGCCAAAAUGCCAUUGAAGUGAUGACAGUUGCCAGCUACCUGCAGAUGACUGAAGUUGUUCAGUCCUGUCGAAAUUUCAUCAAAGAUGCCUUGAAUAUCAGUACAAAGUCAGAAGCUCCAGAAACCGUUGUGGUGAACUAUAAUAAAAGGAAAAGUAAAGAUGGGCACAGGGAUCCAAAAGUUGCAAGCUUCUGGGCAACCCACAAUCUCUCUAAUUUGGCGAGCAAUUCAAAGAUAGAUGAUGAGUUUAAUCUCGAUGAGACGCCAACUGAGAACUUUCAAGCUAAUGACUCUGCUUGGAUUCAAGAUAGUUCCCCUGAGGUGACAGAAAUCGAACCCCAAGCUCAGGGCAAGGUGUUUGUUUGGAACGACAUGGGUUCCAACUCCGUCGCUGUGCAAGAGCCGAGCAAGCCAAGAAGAAAAAACCAAACUACAAAACGAUUUGUUUAUAAUAUACCUCCAAACAAUGAACUUCAAGUGGAUGGUAACACAAUGAUGCAGCAGCCAGUUUCCUAUCCAGAGGAGGAUCUGCAGUGCUUUCAGGAUGGAGCAGGGACCUCAAAUGAAUUUAAAUUUGGAAUGUUCCCUGAAUCAUGGACAAGAGAGUCUUGGGAAAAUGGAGAUGCAUCAGCAGGGUUAAUGAAUAAGUUGAAAUGUCCCCAUUGCAAUUACGUAGCAAAAUAUAGGAGGACACUAAAAAGACACUUACUGAUUCACACUGGAGUAAGAUCUUUUAGUUGUGACAUCUGUGGAAAGAUGUUUACCCGAAGAGAACAUGUAAAAAGACAUUCCUUGGUGCAUAAAAAAGAUAAAAAAUAUAAGUGCAUGGUGUGCAAGAAGAUCUUCAUGCUUGCGGCCAGUGUAGGGAUUCGACACGGCUCUCGCCGCUACGGAGUUUGUGUGGACUGUGUGGAUAAAUCCCAGCCCGGGCUGCAAGAAGCAGGAAUUGAUCCAGUGGCAGAUGCAGAUUUUCCCAGAGAUGAAGAAUACGAUGACAAUGAUGCUGUAGAAGCAGUCGAUGGUGAUGAUGAUCUAGUGGAUGACGGUGAAGACCAGAAUGAUUCUCGGUGGUCAGAGCAAAACGACCAGUCCCACUGGGGAGAACAGAACAAUCCAUCUCAGUGGGAACGACCCAAACACCAGCCCCAAUGGGAUGAGUCAGGAGAUGUUUGUAUGACAAUAGAUGACUAAAUAAAAGGGUGCUUCAAGUGGACACAAAACUAAAACUUGUUUGCUGAAACAUAUUGGACUGAAGGGUUGCAAAAUAUGGUACUGUUCUGGACGGUGGCUGUUGCUGUGAAAACUGUAGGGGGUCAAAUCCUUAUAGCAAAACUUUUUUUUUUUUGUUUUCCUAUUGUUUUAAUAUUUGCACAGGACUAUACAGAAUCCAACCAUUUGGUUGAACUAUACAGAGUCCUCACAUCUCCAAUCAGUUAUCAAAGAAAUGUAUUUUUAUUUAUAGGAUAUAGCGACGUCCUAUCAAAGCAUAAAAAAAAACUACUAUUGUAAUGUUAUUCAUGUAUCGGAAGAGUUUGGUUAGAAUAUACAGAUAAGGUGAUGAAUCGAGAUAUGAAUGUGAUGUGACUACAGUAGCUGAGAAACCCUCGUUAGUUACUGGCACCUGCAAUUGCAAUUUACCAACGGAGCAUUCUGCAUCCUUGUUCUGAAAGGGACUGAUCCUCUUUUAGUUUGCUCCAAUGGGAACAGACUUGGCAUGGGCUACGUUAUGCAGCAUUAUUUAUAUGAAUAUUUAUAUUUUAUAUAUUUUGGUAUAGAAACCUUCUCCCUGUGGCUCCUAAAGAAGAUAUAAGUAGGCUCCUUAUCAUUUUGUAAAUGUAUCCACCAGUGGCCUUGAGCACUGCAUUGGUGUCAAGAAAACGGACUCUUGGAAGUGGGUAAACCUGCCGUUCAUAUUCUUAAGCAUCACCGUAGUGCAUCCCAUACAUGUCAUAGAACAGAAUGCAGCUGGCCACCAUUGGAAGAGAGCAGUCUUUUGCCAUUGUGGCCACCCAAAACUUGCUGACUUGCCAUUUCAGCUCUUGCUGGAGCAAACUUCUUCGUAUCAAUGCAUGGUUCCCCCAUAAAGCUAAGAUGCAGGCAAGCUUCUGAUAGGGUGUUGGGUGAGUGUUGAUUUUUUUUUUCUUUCUUCUAGAGUAUCUAUAAUGGUUGAAAAGGAUAAAUUAAAGUUAAUUUAAAAGAGCAGUGCUAGCUUUAUAUCACAUUUCCCCUCUGUAGAGUCCCCCCCCCUCUUUUUUUUUUUUUUUAAAUGAUUCACUUUUUUAAGUUAAAUUAUUAUAAUGAAUUUUUUUUUUUUAAAUCGCUUAUGUGUAAAUUCCUUCCUGGUUUUUUUUUUUUCCCAUCACAUGUUUGUUGAUGUCAUGAACUAGAGAAAGUUGCAUAUAGUUACUUAAUAGGGCAAUUUUAAAGAUGGAUUCGCCAUAAAUUGGAGGAUGCUGAACACCAGUAUUUCCAAUUACACCGAGGCUACAGCAUUUCUAUCUUUUUCGGAGAGAUCCCCCAAAGUUUUGCUGCUUUAAUUAUCAAUUGACGUUCUCUGUGGCCAUUAUGAAUAAUCCUGUGAUGGAAGCUCUUACAGUUAAUGUUGUGAGUAGCGUGAUAGAUUCCAUGCAUUUCUGAUCUCCCUACAGCUUAGUGCUUUUUAUACUGCCAUUUUUUCAGCAUACGUGGUUAGUUAAAAUUUCCCGGGUACCAUUCCUUAAUAUGAAUGCAUAAAAUAUAAAUUUCAGCCAACAGGACAGCUCAUAAUGUGAAUGGGUUAGGAUCCGUGUAGACCAAGGGGUUUUAUUUUUCUCUGUCCUGAGUAUUUCUCUUUUCAUUAAGGUUCUAUUCGAAUUUCAUUUUAAUCCUGGGAAGCUUUAACUAACGCUUUCUCUUCUCUGCGAGGAUUCAGGCACUUUCUUCAAAUUGAUUCGAUUUUGCCGUUUCAGUUCUCUGUUGAUCGUUACACCCAUUUCAUUUCCCAGGGUCUCUUAGAAAUAAAUGCUCCAUUUGGUGGUCACAGGCUACCAGUUACAUGGAUUUCCGGCAAACCUGUUCAAUGUCGGUAACCAUAUUUCCAACUUUGUAUCAUUUUCCCCCUGUUUUUAUAAAAAAAAAAAAAAGGUUUGAAUUAAAUUGUGCUAGCAAUUGGGAAUUUUAUGUCGACUGCCAGCCGAUUCUAAUUCAUGUUAAAUAAAUGCUUUGUUAUUGUCCCUUUUCUCUGUAGGAUUGUAGUAUAUACACAGAGAGAAUCAGCAGCUUUUAUUUAUUUAUUUCCAUUUGCAAUGGCAAGAGGAAAACCAAAUUCUUCAUUGUGGGGGUUUAAUGAAUUUUCUGCUUUAGCUUUUUUUUUUUUUGCUUUUUUUAAAACAUUGAAGGGGGAUUAAAUGUAGCCAUGGCACUGUUUUAAUUCCCUUCCUAAAAAUCAGCAUUUUCAGCCUAAAGCUUUGGUUCAGCAAUGUCUACCAGUGUGCAAAUGCUACCGUAGGCUCCUGAGGGAAAGAAGUUGCAAUCAUUUGCCUGUCCGUGAGCUUUCCUAACUGUCACUGCUGCUUUUAUGGCUCAGCAUUUUGCUGCUAGGUAAAGAAACAAAAGGCAAUUUAUAAUUUAUCUGUGUAUGGUGCAAACAGCCCCACUUAAUUAUGUUUAAUUUAAUAAUUGGAAUAUCAGGAAUUUUUGCUAACUGUAAUUUUUUGUUUUUUUUUGGAAAAGCUUAAUACCUCCUGAAAUUUCAAAAAUGUUAUAAGUAAUGUCUUUUUUUUUCUGGUGGGGUCCAAAGUAGGUUUAGUUUAUUAAAAGGUGAAAGAAACAGAGUAUUUUAAAUGUAAAAAAUGUAUGUUUUUGCUUUGUUAAUAUGUAAUUAGAGUAUAUGUCUUCUAUUCCAAUUCCCCUCCAUCUCCUCUCUUUCCUCUAAGAAUAGUUCCUUCCCCCUUGUAGACUUUCAAUAUAUACAUAUAUAUUCUAAUAUAUACAUUUCACAAAGAUUUGCUUUUAUUAGAAACAGACUCACUAAAUGCUUAGGAUCCGGACCUGGCUUUAAAUUCUAUUGUGCAUUACUUUUUUUCCACAAGAUAUAAACUUAUUUCUCUUGAAACUGAAUUCUUUUACUACUUCAAUCAUUUAUGUAUAUUCGAUAAAUUAUGACCAAAUGUGAUGUUAGAUUGCAUACAGUACAUUUAAAUAUACACUUGGUACACUA